AUGAGCCACAUCGUUUUGGACCACCUCUUCAUCAGGUACUUGCAGUCUCACAGCCCACUGCAUCUCUGUCACAGUGGGAUCGGCUCACGGAGUACAUCACCAACUCCUUUGAGCGAUCAGCCAAGAGGCCAUACUAUGUUGACAGCCGCUCUGACAUGGGCAAAGAGAUCUCCAACCUCCUCCGCAUGGACCUUGACAAGAUCCAAGUCGUCUAUGCACCUACCACCAGGAGGAUUCCAGCUAACACCACUGGCUGGGCAACCAGAGCUGCAUACUUGUCCUAUGCAGAUGGCACAAGAGCAAUCGAAAGUGAAGAUGUGGGUGACAUUGUUUUUUCCACGUCAACGGUUCUCCAAGCCUGUCACCUUUGCCAUCUUUGCAUUUGGCCACCGCUGGACUGUCCCAGAUGCUGCAUCAACAUCAAGUACAUCUACAAGCAACUUGGCAGUUCCAGGAUUGGUCACGGACAUCAGCUUCCCUGGAGCCACAGAGAUCGCGCAGGAUGUCAAGCGCGCCAUUGCUCGGCUGCACAUCAACCUCGGGCACCCGACGGCCCAAGAGCUGACACGCCUCUUGGCCUACCAAGGAAAGAUCAGCACCUCAAUCAUCAAGACAGUGCAGCACCUUCAAUGUGCUACAUGUGAACGCCUCCGACUACCUCAACAUCCUCGACCCGCAGCUAUGCCCCGGAUUACUGCUGGCCAGUUCAACGAUGAGGUUCAGAUGGAUGUUUUCUAUGGCCGCACCUUGACUGGAAGCACCUUUGGAGUGCUGGGCAUUGUGGAUAGAGCCACUGGCCUACACCAGGCCGUGAUGAUGGAGGACCGCACCUCGGAGAACAUGUCGUUCACGUUGUUUGAGGAUGCUUGGCUCAGACCAUAUGGGCUGCCAGUGCGCAUCCGUUGCGACCCUGACACCAGCUUCAAAGGCUAUUUUGAGCGGAAGCUGCAGAGCCUCGGUUGCGUGGUGGAGCAUUGCCCCCCUGAGGCCCAUCAUGUGAUUGUCCAUGCUAUGAACAACAUGUGCUUCUCCAGAGGCCGCACAGCUUAUCAGGCAGUUUUUGGCCGUCAACCUCGACUACCAGAUAGCGUGCUGGAGGACGAGACCGUCCUUGCUUCUUCUUCGCAGGUCUACAACCCUGUGGAUGAGGAGACGGACAACCCACCUCUUCGAGCAGAGAUGGCGCGUUGUGAGGCCAUCAAAUGCUUGGCGGAGUUGAAUGCCAGCCAAGCCCUUCGACGGGCACUUCUCCGAAAGACCCGCUCCACCAAGGUCCCAGAUGUCAUGCCUGGGCAACGAGUCGCCGUCUGGCGAUGGCAGAAGCGAGGAGCAAAGAAGAGAGGAGCCUGGACCAUGUGCAGGUUUUUGUCCUGGGACCCUGGCAAUCCUGGCCAUCAAGCUUGGGUUCGAUUGGGCUCGACAACAGUUCUCACCACUGCCGAACAGAUGCGAACAGCCUUUGGCUUUGAGCAGUGGACACCGAAUGAGGAGGACAUCGCAGCCCUCAAGGACGCCACAAACCACUUCCAGGAGAGCCUCAUUGAAGACCAAAGAGGUCCACCACCAAAGGAGACUGAUGAGCUUCCAGCUGUGGACGAACUGGCCGACAACUUUGAAACAGGCACACAAACACCUGCAAUGACUGCAGUGCCACCGACACCAGACCCCAAUGAGUCAGACACCACACAAGGGUCCAGCGACAGUGAACAAGAAAACAACAACAAAGCACACAAACCAAAGGCGAUGACACGCCAAGAGUCCAAGCAACUGGACCGGGAAAUUCCCUGGAGGCAAAUCCUUCAGCUUCCACCAUCGAUGAUCGACAAGUACUUGGCUGCGAUCGAAAAGGAAGCUUCAUCCUGGGAAGAGUGGCGAUCGAUCAGGCCAUUGUCGAGAGAAGAGGCCUUAGCAGUUUACAAAGACAAGAUGCUGCGCCACCGGAUCAUGAGGUCCAGAGCCCUCUACCGAGAUAAGAAUUGUGGACAAGGAGAGCUCCGAGCAAAAUGCAGAGUGGUGUGCCUUGGACACCAGGACCCAGACCUUCAGCAGAUCACCAGAAGCUCACCUACACCAGGACGGGUGACUGAAAUGCUGCUGUAUGCCCUCAUCGUGGCAGGACAAAACAGGGAGCUGUUUGACACCAACCACCUCUGGUUAGCAUGGUCAGGUGAUGCUGCAACCGCCUUUUUGCAAGGUGAGCAGAAGGACAGCGAAAGGCCAGCACCAUUGUACAUGAAGGCACCGACUGACGGCCUCAUCAUGAUGACUUCCAGAUGGAAGUGUGACCUCUACCAGAUCCUUGGCAACGUCUAUGGAUUGGCCAAUGCUCCAGCACUAUGGACUGGCGAGGUCACCAAGCGCCUGACAGGUCUCGGGUAUGUCCGCCACUCCUUCGACCAGAUGCUCUUUUACCUGGUCAAUGAUGCCGAACAGGUGGUCAGCCUGGUCAUGAUUUACGUUGAUGAUUUCUUAGGGCUCCACCGAGAGGAUCAUGACAUUUCCUCCCUGCAGAAGCUCUUCAAGUGGGGAGAGAUCCAAAGCUUCGGCCCUGGCAACAAGAUCACCUUCAAGGGGAAGAGCCUGGAGAUCACAAAGAAUGAGGCUGGCCGCUACGUCAUGGACAUUAGCAUGGAGAAGUUUGUCAGCGGCUUGACUCCAGGAGUGAUCCCAAAAGGGAGGCUGAAGCAAGAUGAGCUCCUGACCAAGGCCGAGUUUCAGGAGUUUCGCUCGAUCUCAGGAUGCCUUCAAUGGGCUGCCACACAAGCCCGACCAGAAGUUGCUCCAGCUUUGUCACUCGCCAACCACGGCGACCUCACGAGCAUCCACGACCUUCGAAGUCUCUAUGAGGCCCUGGCCUACCUCCAAGAAAGCCCUUCAGAGGGCAUCAGGAUGCAAGCUGAGUAUAGAGGGCACUAUAGAGAAAAAGAUUGUAAAGUGUCAUGA